GUGAUUUUCUCCGUAUGACCACAUAUAUAUUGACUUUAUCGACUAGCUCUAAGCCUUUAGUUGUGAGAGAGUAGUCUUUGGAUAAAGAAGUGUUUAAUUAAAUUUUUCUUGUAUAACACUGAAUAUAGGAAGUCUAAUAGAAGUAUAGCUAUGGAUGAAGACUUUCUUCGUGAGAACACUCAAUGGCUCGAGAAAGAAGUUGGAAAUUUAGGCUUGCGAUUAUGGCACGUUUUAGGCAUCGUGUUUUUUAGUAUCCUUGCCAUUGUUGUGCUACUUUGUUGCUGCUUUCGAUUUCGUAUACCGAGGACAAAACAAGAAAUUGAGGCAGACCACAACCGACGAAAGAUUGUGAAAAAGUUUCGCAAGCGAAUUCAAAAAUUUGAGAAUACGGAAAUGGACGCAGAAAUGGAUCUGCGUAAAGCACUUGAAAAAAUUCGUGCAGAUUUUAUGAAGGAUGCACACAAGUCAUCUGAUCACAGCAGUGGAAGUGAAAAUGACGAGAGUAAUUAUGAUGAUAAGACAGGCGCGAGAAAGAAGAAAUUGCAGACAAUUCAUAAAAAAGAUCAAUUGAUUCAAACAAUUUACACUGGAAGUUCUUACGACACAACAAACGCUUCAUUGGAAGCCUCUGAAAAUUAGAAAUAUGCAAUAGAUAUUUAUACUGCGAAUAAAGUUUUUAGCCCUAAACAACUUUGAGCACUAUUGAUAUGGCUAAACUACACUUUAGGGUGCUCAUUUUUGUUUUAUAAACAUUUUUUAAUCUGCACUCUUAA